AUCCCAACACACCUCAAACCUCCAUCCCCUCCAACUCGCCCAUCCCAUCUAUCCCUCCCUCCCGUAUCUGCCCGCCCGAGCGACUGCCCUCGGAACGAGCAGCACCGACAGCCUCCCUACCCUCCUCGAUGAGCGCCCUCGUCGACCCUCGUGCACAGCAGCAGGCCACACAACGCGAUUAGCACCUACGUGCGCUAGCAGGAGGACUGAGAGGGGUCCCCCGUCACGCUCUCAAGAUACCGUCGUCCCGCGAUAUCGCCUCGCCCGCCAACCCCGAAGUCGCCGCCGCUCGUCGCUCCUGCUCGCUGCCGCCUCGUCCGUCCUUGGCCAUCUCGACGCUGAGUCCCGCGCCUGCCCUCCUGAUGGCGUAGUCCGGGCAUGGCAGAACGAACAUCGGCAGGCGAUAACGAAGCGCGACUUGCCUCGUCACCGUCGACAGCCCCUGCCGCUGCCGGCCCUACAAGAAUCACCAGGUCUUCCGCCCGCCAAGCUGCGAGCCAGGCGGCCCAAGCUUCCGACACGCCACCUGCACCCGCUCCGACGACCUCUUCUGCCGCCGCAUCCACGCCGCUGGCUCGGAAGCGAAAGGCGGCGACGGACAAGAGUCCCGCUACUCCAUCGCAACCAAACUCUUCGGGUCGACGGUCCAAGAGACAGAAGAUUCCCGAAGCCCCUGCGCCUGCCGCUCUGCCGGCCCCUCCCCCUACGCUCCUCACUCAUCCGCGCAGGAAGGGCAAGGCUCCAGCUUCAGCCGAUAUGGAUAGCGCAGAACGCAGCAGCUCCGGUGUGCCUGGCCCCGCAGAUGAGUCCCAGAGCACUAGCCAGGCGCCUGUCUCGAGUAGAAAAUCUGCCCGAAGUAAGAAGUCAACAUCGGUAGCUCAAGGCGAAGGUUCAGCUCCGACACCGGCACCGAGACGACCGAGACGGAACCCGAUCAUUAGCAAUGAUCCAGACACGGCCAUGAGCGGAACAGAUGAGAAUAACGACCCGGGCCCUCCCCCACCCCCACCGCCCGUCGAAAGUCCUGCCGAUAACGAUAGUGACGACCAUGAUGAGGACGACGAGGAUGCUGAAGAUCGGGAUCAUUUCGACGAAAACGAAGACGAGGAAGAUGAUGACCCCUUCGGCGGUUUCGGAGGUGCGGGCUUGUCCAACACCCUGCGAGCCCUGACCGGCAUGAUGUCCGGCCUGUCCGGCCGUCUUCGUGAGCUCCUCAACAACCUACGCCAAGAUGACCUGUCCGUUCAGGUCAUUGCCCUCCAAGAACUAUCGGAAAUACUUCUCGUGUCGAACGAGGACAACCUGUCGGGACACUUUUCUCCAGACGCCUUCGUCAAAGAGCUGGUACUACUAAUGAACAAGGAAGACAGCCCCGAAGUCAUGCUAUUGGCAUGCCGUUGUCUGGCAAAUCUUAUGGAAGCGCUGCCAGCAAGUGUGGCCAACGUCGUCUACGGCAAUGCGGUUCCCGUUCUUUGCCAGAAGCUCCUCGAGAUCUCCUUCAUCGACCUGGCCGAGCAGGCUCUCAGCACCCUCGAAAAAAUAUCGGCAGAGUAUCCCUCUAGUAUCGUCCGCGAGGGAGGUCUGACGGCUUGUCUGUCUUAUCUUGACUUCUUCGCCACGAGCACUCAGAGGACGGCAGUGACCACAGCAGCGAAUUGCUGCCGCAACAUCCCCGACGACUCUUUCCCCGUGGUAAAGGAGGUCAUGCCCAUUCUCCUCAACGUUCUCGGUAGCAGCGAUCAGCGCGUUGUUGAACAGGCGUCACUCUGUGUUUCUGGCAUUGUGGAGAGUUUCAAGUACCAGUCCGCGAAGCUCGAGGAGCUGGUGAGCGUCGAUCUGCUCCGUGCAAUUCUCAGACUCCUUGUUCCUGGCACGACGAACCUUAUCGGAUCCAACAUCCACACCCAGUUCCUGCGCGUCUUGGCAUUCACCGCCCGAGCCAGCCCGCGCCUAUCUACCGAGCUCUUCAAGCUUAACGUUGUCGAGACACUGUACCAGAUCUUGACUGGCGUCUCGCCACCGAGCGGCACCGAUGACGUGGCUUCCAAGUUGGACAGCGUGGUGGUCAUGCAGGCUCUUAUUCAUCGUCCCAGAGAGCAGAUCGUGGAGACCCUAAAUGUCAUUCUGGAGCUUCUUCCUAGCUUGCCGCGCAACGCUGACCCGUCUUAUGGGGACUUUGUUGAACUGCAUGCGUCCGCAGAGCCAAUCACCCCAUCCUCGCUUGGCGGCAGAAGCCGGCGCACUCCUAAUGAUAAGCGGAUUGAGCUCUUGGAAAACUGUAAGGAGGAAGUCCGUCGUUUCGCAUUGAUCAUUUUCCCGACAUUGACCGAUGCAUUUUCGAGCACGGUGAACCUAAGCGUUCGCCAAAAGGUUCUCACAGCGCAGCUCAAGAUGCUUUCCAAUCUGGACAAAGAUAUUUUGGCCGAAGCCUUGACACCCGUGCCUUAUGCCUCUUUUCUCGCAUCGAUUUUGUCUCAACGGGACCAUCCUUCCCUGGUAAUGCUCGGCCUUCAGGCGACAGAGCUUCUCCUCAGUCGCCUGGAUGAUAUUUACCGUUACCAGCUGUAUCGCGAGGGUGUCAUCUAUGAGAUCAAUAAGCUUGCAACUGAAGAAGAUUCAGAUGAGGACACACAGGAUGCCACAGGCGAGAAGAAACCUAAGAAACAUCGAAACUCCAGCACCGCUGAUGGUGCUUCGGACCAUGAGGAGCGCGAGUCGGAGGACGAGGACGGCAAUGAAAAUGACAAUGAUGACGAUGACUCCGAAGACUCCUCGGGAGACGAUGAGGAGGGCGAUGACGAAGACGACGAGAAUGGCGACCAAGAACAUGAGGUGGUCCCAGGAAAUCUUUCGCCGGCUAGUUCCAGGGGAUCUACUAUGUCUCUGGACGUCCCACCUCAUCGCUACGUGUCUGAUAUUCGAUCUAUGAAGUCCCGCAUCCGCGACGUGGCCACAAAAUUCCUAGAGACGCACGAAGGCGAAGGACACGGCCAAGCCAUGAAAUCCAAGGCGACGGCCAUCCUCAACACUCUCUCGGACCUGGCUGGAGACCUCGAAGACUUUUACCUCAAAAGGACCUCUACCAGUCUUUCCCAACAAGCUGGCAGAGAGCUUUUUGUCAAAUUGGCGUCGUAUUUCGACACGGACCUGCUUGAAAGCGUGACAAGCGCCGAGCUUCUUGCGUCUGGGCUCGUGCGAACGCUUCUCGAAGUUUUCAGCAAUCCGGACGAGGAGCUUGCUCGAGCCGCUCAAUCCACCUUUUUAGAGGUGUUCAUGGGUCACACUCUCAAGUCGAAACCGAAGACGGCCACCGCCGAAUCUCCAGCGACACCCUUCAGCGUGAUGAUACACAAGCUGCAAGACUUGCUCAGUAGGUCGGAGCAUUUUGAGGUGAUCACUGUGCAUCACAAUUCUUUCGACGGCAAUCGAAGCAGUCCCGCAUCGAUGCUGGGAAAGCAAAUCCGGCUUAGGCUGGUUGCAGACGAUGACUCCAACAUCCCACGGCCGUACAGGAACAUCAUGGUGUCUAUUCACGCGAUCGCCACCUUCAAGUCUCUAGACGAUUACCUCCGUCCACGAAUCAGUCUGGCAGAGCGUCCCCCAAGCGCGCGUCGAGACGGGCUUGCCAGAGCAUUUGCAGCCAUUAGUGGUGCUGCCGGUGGCUUGCCUCUGAGCAGUGCAGCUGCCGCCCGUCUCGUUGACCGCAGUCCCUUCUCAGGGCCUCUGAUCCCCCCUGUCGGAGGCCCUCCGCCGGCGGCUUCGACACCGUCAGGAUCGCGGCACUCGCGUCGCUCGAAGAAUAGGUCAUACCCGCCGGUUCAUGAUCCCUCCACUCCGGACCAGGCUGCGGGCCCUUCUCGCGAGAAGGGGGCUCUUCGUAGGUCGUCUCGACGUCACGCUGUUUCUGCUGAUACCCCUCCACCGCCCCGCCCGCCCCCCGCCGAUGACGACGACGUUCAGAGCACUUUAGAGUGCGCGGACGAGAAGCAGCUGUCUGAUGAAGAAGAAGAAGGUGAUGAUACGAGUGCCCUGGACGCCAUCGUUGGGGAGCUCGACGAGGAUAUGGAAGAUGGAGACGAGCCGUUGCAUGACCCGUCUGCUGUCAAUCUUGAGGUCGCUACUGGUGGCAAGAUCACAGCCCGAAAGGAAGACGGUACGCGAGUGCCUACUCCUAGAGGUUCUGGUCUGGCCACACGCACCGGCGGGGUUUCUGGCACCAGCUCCGGACAGGGCACACCGACGCCUUCGACCUCGGCCCCGCGAGCACAGGGCAUGUCGUACGCUUCCGCUCUGCAAGCUACGCCACAAGAUUGGCACAUCGAAUUCAGCUUCGACAGCAGGGUCAUUCCAAACGAGACGACGAUAUAUCGUGCAGUUCACACUUCGACGGCAACCCCGGACGAUCUGCUCAGUCGGAGCAUCUGGUCGGCGACUCACCCGAUCAAGUUCAGACGAGUUCCUGGUCCACCACCCACAGAGCCUCAGUCGUUCGGCUCCACCACGGAUGGUGAGGCAGAAACUGAAAAUGGCAUUCCGGCAUCGCUGGCCAAGAACCCUACGACGUCCUUCAUUCUGCGUCUGUUGAAUAUCCUCCAUGAGCUUAAUGCCAACAUUGAGGACGUCUUGGCCGAGAACCGCAACAGCACCAUUAGCCUCAACGUCGAGCCGCCUUCGCAGUUUGUCAACACGAAGCUUACAGCCAAGCUCAACCGUCAACUUGAAGAGCCCCUCAUCGUAGCCAGCAGCUGCUUGCCAAGCUGGUCCGAAGACUUGGCGCGCCUAUAUCCCUUCCUGUUCCCGUUCGAGACUCGACAUCUCUUCCUUCAGUCGACGUCCUUCGGAUAUGCUCGAUCGAUGGCACGAUGGCAGAAUGCGCAGUCUGGCGACGACAACCGUCGGGAUCGCAACAAUGACCGGCCAUUCCUCGGCCGCCUCCAGCGCCAGAAGGUACGAAUCUCGCGCCUCAAGAUCCUUGAGUCGGCGCUCAAGGUCAUGGAUCUGUACGGUGCUUCGCAGAGCAUUUUGGAGGUCGAGUACUUUGAGGAGGUCGGCACUGGCCUCGGCCCCACGCUGGAGUUUUACUCGACGGUGUCGAAGGAGUUCUCCAAGAAGAAGCUCAAGCUCUGGCGCGAGGUUGACUCUGUUGGGCCUGACGAAUUUGUCUCAGGACCCGUUGGACUGUUUCCUCGUCCCCUUAGCCAAGAGGAGCUGUCGGCGCCAAAUGGAGAACGCAUCCUCCACCUCUUCAAGAUGCUUGGAAAGUUUGUGGCACGAUCCAUGAUUGACUCACGGAUCGUUGACCUACAUUUUAACCCCAUUUUCUUCCGCAUUGGAGAUGGUCCUUCCACGGGUGUGAAGCCGUCCCUAGGCGCAGUCAAACUUGUUGACCCAGGCUUGGCGCGCUCGCUCAAGGUCAUCAAAAAGUUUGCUCUCGCAAAGAAGGAGAUUGACGAAGACGCAAAGCGAUCUCCCGCGCAGAAGGUGGCCGACACGACAGACCUCGUCGUAGAUAACGUCCGCCUCGAGGAUCUUUGCCUCGACUUCACGCUGCCAGGGUACCCCAGCAUCGAGCUCGAGGAUAACGGGUCCCACAAGCGAGUUACUAUGGAGAACGUGGAGGCCUACUUGGACAAGGUCAUCGACAUGACCCUUGGCUCAGGUGUGCGCCAGCAGGUGGAUGCUUUCCGUUCGGGCUUCUCGCAGGUCUUCCCCUACUCAGCCCUGAGCGCUUUCACUCCCGAUGAACUUGUCAGCUUGUUCGGCAAGGUGGACGAGGAUUGGUCCCUUGAAACCCUCACCGACUCCAUCAAAGCCGAUCACGGCUACAAUAUGGACAGCCGAAGCGUCAAGAAUCUCCUGCAGACAAUGGCCAGUUUUGACACGCCGCAGCGUCGAGACUUCUUGCAGUUUACUACCGGUAGCCCAAAGCUUCCGAUUGGAGGUUUCAGGAGCUUGACCCCCAUGUUCACCGUGGUGUGCAAGCCCAGCGAGCACCCGUAUACGUCUGACGACUACCUACCCAGUGUCAUGACCUGCGUGAACUACCUGAAGCUACCCGACUACACUACGGUCGAUAUUAUGAGGAAGCAGCUAUUCACAGCCAUGAAGGAAGGACAGGGUGCCUUCCAUCUGUCGUAAAUGUGGCAACAGUUGAAGGAGAUUAAAAGCCGCUGAAGGAACUCCUGAUGUCAGGUUUAGAGGAGCCAGUCUCCCGCAUGUAUCAUGAAGGACAAUAGGAACGCUGCAUUCCGGGGCGCCUGUAACGAAGGGGGUGCCAUUUCAGAAUUAUACUUGUGCACCGCACAAGACUAACAAGGACAUAGGAACUACUCGGGAAGGAGAAAGCGCAAAAAGCAAAGGUGAUAGACAGGUUCAUGGCUCUGCGGGCAUGCUUUGUUGGUAAGGCGAAACGGUAGUUUCUAUGGAUUCCUUGUUGCCGGGCCGGAGAGGGCAUGUCCCGGACUCGCAGAAGUAUCGAUGUAUAGGCAGAACAAUGAGAGAAAUUGGUCAC